AGUUCGGUGACGGCAAACAAACAUGGCGGCGGUGGCGGUGCCGCUCCUCCGGCCGUUAUGGACGCGGCCUUUAAGCACCGGGCGGCCUUUCCGUUUGGCCGCGGGGCGCCCCGUGCCGGGAGCCGGGAGGCGCCGCUUUGGGCCUCGCAGCGCGUCCGUCCAUCGGGCUGAGCGCUGAGCGAUGAGCCCCGAGCUCCGCCCCGUGUCCCGGCCCCGCGGGGUGAGGCCGCCCCGCCCCGCCCGCACCUGUGGGACGGGUCGGGGCUGUGAGCAACGAGCGACCGGCGGGACACGGGCAGGACGCGGCCUGCACCGACAGCACCGACAGCACCGACAGCAAUCAGCCGCCAUUACCACCAUUACCGCCAUCAAUCAGCCGCCAUCAAUCAGCCGCCAGCACCGCCAGCAGCCGCAGCUCCUCACGGCCCCGCUCGGCUCCGUGUGAAGCCAUCAGGGAUGGCGGCCUGAUCCUGAUCCUGAUCCCGAUCCCGUCCCGGUGCCCUGAAAUACGGGACGGCCGCUCCCAGCCCCGGCUGCACUGAGCAGCUCUGAGCCCCCCCCCAUCCCAUGGCCGCUGCCGACCCCGCGCUGCCCCCCGAGGAGGUGGCUCUGCUGGAGCUGGGGGAGGCGGCCCCUCCUGCUGAGGACCCUCCGGCCGCAGACGAGCCCCGUGUGGAUCCCGAUGCCACCCUGCAGUGGGAGCAGCGGCAGCACCGGGGGCAGCCGGAACACACAGAGAACAAACGGCGCUCGAGCCCCGAGGGGGCCCAGGGUGACACUGAGGGGGGGAAUCCGGCCUGUCCCCACUCUGAGGCUGAUGGGGAGGAAGAUCCCGGGCUGCCCGUGAUGGCAGCACACGUCUUUGUGCCCAUUGACCUCCACUGCAUCGAGCAAAAGCCUGCGGAGCAGCAGAAGCAGCAGCCCAGCCCACAGCCCCAGGAUGAGGGCAGGGAGGGCAGGGGGGGAGGCAGGGGGGGCUGCAGGGAGGGAGGCAGGGAGAGCUGUGUGCUGCCCAGGGACAGACCCAGCAGUGUCCUCCCAAAGCCGACCUUCCUCCCUACUGACCCCCCAUGUUACCGGGGCCCGUUGAGCUUUGAGGGCCCCAUGGCCAAGCUGCCGGCUGAGGGCUCACGCUGCCCCUGUGUCGGGGUCUGCAGCCCCGCCGCCCUCAAGGCCGUGGCGUCGCUGGUGGCGGCUCUGCUGCUCAGCCCCUGCCUCAUCUACGGCGCCUACGUCUUCCUGCCCUUCGACGCUCCGCUCCUGCCCACCAUCAGCACCCGGCUGCUGUACACGCUGCGCUGCGCUGCCUUCGCCACCGUCCCCAUCGUGCUGGGGAUGAUGGUCAGCGGCAUCUCACGCCUCUGCUCUGCGGCGCUGGAGCCCUUUGGGAAGCUGCAGCGGGAGGUGGAGAUCCAUCAGACCUUUGUCUCCCAGUCCAUUCACCUCUUCAUCCUCUACUUCUUCAACAUGGCCGUGCUGGCCACUUACCUGCAGCAGGAGCUGCUCAAGCUCAUCCCCCUCCUGACGGGGCUCUUUGCCAUUUCCCGGUUGACCUACUGGCUGUCCUACGCCUUCGGACGCUCCUUCCGCGCCUUUGGCUUUGCCAUGACCUUCCUGCCCCUCGUGGCCAUGCUGCUCUGGAACCUGUACAACAUGUUUGUGCUGGAGCCCGAGAACCUCCUGGCCAUGGCGACGGCGAAGCCUGAGGAGAGCGCCCGGCACAGCAGGGCCAGGCUGCGGUAUUGGGGCUGAGGGGCUGGGGGGGCUGAGCCCACCCUGUGAGCCAUGGGGGGGGGGCAGACCUCCCUGUGGGGCCAAUAAAGGCCUUUUGCUGAAC